AAUUCGGUUGUUUUCAUUCUGUUGUUUUUGUGCUUCAGAACAGCAGCGACUUUCAGCGCGGAGACUCUCUACAGCUACAGCUUCACCUACAGACCAGUUUACUGAUUUAUUCUCACUGUUUAUUAUCUGUACUCUUUAUAAUUACUCAUUAAUUACUGUAUUAUCUAUAUUUUAAUUCUUAUUAACUGUCUUUUUCGCUUUUUCCCUUUUGUUUUUGUUUUUGUACAGGUUACAGGAGCCGGUGAGGGACACCGCCACCCCGCGGUCGAACAUGGCGUCUCCGAGCAGAGUCCGCCCCCUGGAGGUGCGUUCUGACCGUUCGGAGAACUCCACCAUCCGUCCCCCGGCUUUUGGCUGCCGAAAGGCUUGGGUGAAACGCAUCAUACGCACGGUGCCCACCUCCCGCCCACAGCCUGCAGCAAUCCCCAGCACCCCUCCCCCCACCGUCACGACCCCAUCCUUCCCUCGGUACAGCCGCCGUAAGGUCCUGGUGCCGAUCCCUGUGGCAGAGCUGGACUUUGUUGGACCAGAGCCUGAGCUCAUCCCAGGUGCAGCUGCACAGGCUUUGGCCGACCCUGUCUGGGAGGUGGAGGACCUCGACGAUGAGGUGGAGAUGUCGAAGGAGGAGUCAGACGUCUCUAGCGUCUACACUUCACCUUUUUCUUCUUGCUCAGAAUCUUCAGUGGAGGACCUCACCAUCACCGUCUUCCCACCAGAGCUAACCGGCCAGGGAGUCACUGCACCUUCACCCACCAUCAGAACACAGAGCAGAUUCCUGAAAAGAUUCACCACCAACUUUUGGACCUCUGUGUUUUCUCGUUUCAGGUCCCGUGCUCGAGUCUCGGUGCUGGUUGGGGAGGCGGACCCAGGUCUGGAGGCGGAGCCGGCUGCACAGGACGUGCAGGACCUGGAAGAGCGAAGGGACGCGGUGGAGACCCCUCCCAAAAGAAAGGGAGGAAGGAGGAAGCUGUUCCUGAGCUGCUUCAGGGGGUCAGAGAGGGAUUAAUUAGAUUGAUAGAUUUAAAUAUUUAUACCUAUUAAUUAGAUUGAUUGUAAAUAGAUUAAUAGAUUUGUAGGCAUUAAUUAGAGUAAUUGUAGUUAGAUUAGUAUAUGUAUAGGCAUUAAUUAGUUGAUAGGUAU